UCUUCUUCACUUUCUUUAUCUUGUAAGUUAGAAAGAAAGUUUCAUCUCAAUGAAAUGCACAAGCCUGGCGAUGUGGUACUGGGUGGGUUGUUUGAGGUCCAUUACACUUCUGUCUACCCAGAGAGAACAUUUACCUCAGAGCCUCAACAGCCUCACUGCACUGGCUUUGAUAUUGUAGGGUUCAGGAAUGCAAUGACUAUGGUAUUUGCUAUUGAAGAGAUCAACAAGAAUUUAAAUUUGCUACCUAAUGUGACUCUUGGAUACAGUCUUUAUGACAACUGUGGUGCCCUUGUUGUUGCACUCAGCGGUGCCUUAUCACUAGCCAGUGGCCAGGAGGAGCAGUUUCUGCUUCAGGAGAACUGUUCAGGGAUCCCUCCAGUCCUUGGGCUUGUUGGUGAUCACUACUCAACAUUUUCUAUUGCUAUUUCCAGUGUGCUAAGUUUAUACAAUAUACCUAUUGUGAGUUAUUUUGCCACAUGCUCCUGCCUCAGUGAUCGUCAGCGUUUUCCAACUUUUUUCAGAACCAUCCCAAGUGAUGCUUUCCAGGUGCGUGCUAUGAUUCAGAUUCUAAAACACUUUGGCUGGACUUGGAUAGGUCUUCUAGUCAGUGAUGAUGAUUACGGACUCCAUGUUGCCCAAUCCUUCCAAUCUGACCUGGCUAAAUCUGGUGAUGGUUGUCUGGCCUACUUGGAGAUUUUGCCCUGGGACAGUGACCCAAGUGAACUGAAGAGGAUUGUACAUUUGAUAAAGACAUCAACAGCUCGUGUGGUCAUAGUGUUUGCACAUGAGAUACACUUGAUUCAACUAAUGGAAGAGGUAGCGAAGCAGAAUGUGAUAGGUCGCCAAUGGAUUGCAAGUGAAACAUGGACAACAGCAUCAGUGCUCCAAACAGCCCACCUCACUCCGUACCUGCGUGGCACAUUGGGCAUUGCCAUCCGCAGAGGCGAAUUACCAGGGCUGAGGGAAUUCCUGUUAAAAAUACACCCAGACCAAAGUGACAAUGGAAGAUACAACAAUAAUUUGGUAAAUCAGUUUUGGGAAUUCACAUUUCAGUGCAGAUUUGCACCAGCUCCUGCAGGCUGGCUGGAAGGUGGAGGAGCGCUAUGCACUGGGCAGGAGCAUAUUGAAAAUGUGGACACUGAGUUUUUUGAUCUUUCUAAUCUCAGGCCUGACUACAAUGUGUACAAGGCCGUGUAUUCUCUCGCAUAUGCUCUUAAUGACAUGUUGCAUUGCAAGCCAGGAACAGGACCCUUCAGAGGGCACAGCUGUGCUACUUUGCAAACAAUGGAACCAUGGCAGCUCAUACAUUAUUUACAAAAUGUCAACUUCACCACUCCAUUUGGUGAUCAAGUAUCCUUUGAUGAAAAUGGUGAUGCAUUGCCAAUAUAUGAUGUCAUGAACUGGUUACACCUACCUGAUGGACAAAUUAAAGUUCAGAAUGUUGGUGAGGUUAAAAGGUCAGGCUUUAAAAGUGAAGAACUCACCAUUGAUGAAGACAAAAUGUUCUGGAAUUUUGAAUCAGGAAAGCCACCCCGAUCAGUGUGUAGUGAGAGCUGUCCUCCAGGCACCCGGAUGGCUAGAAACAAAGGACAACCAGAGUGCUGUUUUACUUGCAUUCCAUGUUCAAAGGGAAAAAUCAGCAAAAACAACAAUUCCUUGGAGUGCACCAGUUGUCCAGAAGAUUUUUGGUCAAACCCUCAGAAUGACCACUGUGUUCCUAAGAAGACAGAGUUCCUCUCCUACCAUGAGCCUCUUGGUAUUUGUUUGACAACUGCCUCUUUGUUGGGCACAUUUAUCUGUGCAGUUGUUUUAGGGAUCUUUUUCUAUCAUCGACGUACACCCAUGGUACGUGCAAACAAUUCAGAGCUGAGCUUCUUGCUCUUAGUAUCACUGAAACUAUGCUUCCUGUGUUCACUGUUAUUCAUCGGAAGACCCAGGGUAUGGACAUGCCAGCUGAGGCAUGCAGCAUUUGGCAUCAGUUUUGUGCUUUGUGUCUCAUGUAUCCUGGUGAAAACUAUGGUUGUUCUGGCUGUGUUCAAAGCCUCCAAGCCAGGAGGGGGAACCAUUCUUAAGUGGUUUGGGUCGAUGCAACAGAGAGGGACAGUUCUGGCUCUUACUUGUAUUCAGGCAGGAAUCUGUACUGCCUGGCUUGUCUCUUCCUCUCCAGCUCCACAUAAAAACAUGCAAUACCAAAAUGACAAGAUAGUGUAUGAGUGUGCUGUUGGGUCUACAAUUGGCUUUGCAGUGUUACUGGGUUACAUUGGUGUGCUGGCUGUCCUUAGCUUUUUGCUAGCAUUUCUAGCCAGGAAUCUUCCAGAUAAUUUCAAUGAGGCCCGACUCAUCACAUUCAGCAUGCUAAGUUUCUGUGCCGUGUGGGUGGCCUUUGUCCCUGCUUAUGUCAACUCUCCAGGUAAAUAUGCAGAUGCAGUGGAAGUAUUUGCCAUUUUGGCUUCAAGUUUCGGGCUAUUGGUGGCACUGUUUGGACCCAAAUGUUACAUAAUUCUGCUGAAACCAGAGAGAAACACAAAGAAGGCAAUCAUGGGUCGGCUCACUAUAAAUGAAUAG